UCGCUUCACCACCAUCCUCCCCGCUCCGCGUUAAAAGGCCGUGCGGGAAGAAGAGAAAGGGAGGAGGGUGGACGCGAGUUGUAAAGAUCUCUCUCGCGCCUUGGUUCUCUUGCUUCCCUUCUUCCGCAGCAGCAUAUAAUGGUGGGAUCUUGGCCUGCUGCCUUUUAUCCGUGGCUUCGAUCAUGAGGGGGAUCUCGUAGGCCGUGAUGACGAGCUAGAUCUGGCGGCUCGGAGGUGGUCUAGAGCUGUCGCGUCGGAUCCGCCCGGUUCCAGAUGCACAAAUUUGGAUUCGCAAAAUAUCGUCGCGUCGAAUGCUUUCUGCUCAUUUUUGGAGCUACUUCCAGUUCUUGUAAAAAGAGACUGUCGAAAUGGAAAAGUGCCCAAUGAGACUUAAUACAACAAACCAAUUAUGUCAAGAUCCUAUGUCUGAAAAGAAGUCGAGGUUUUGGCAAAUCAAUGACCAACCAUUUCCUAGAUCUGAAGUUAUCUGUCCUCAACCUCGUUGGGUAACUAGGGUUCCUUAUUUCAUGGAAUAUUGCAAUAGAGUCGGUCCCAAUCCAAAAGGCAUUCUGCAAAUUCAUAGAGUGGAUUAUGCUUCUGAAACUCUUGAUCUUCUCCAAAGAAGGGAAUGCUCUGAGGGUGAUGGAGACUUGGGCAGCCAGGUGGGCCUUUUGUGUGGAUCACCUCCUGCACGCACUAACAAUCCCGUAGUCCGAGAUGCAGAGUUUGGCAAACAUAGCCAGUUCUUACCUUCCCCAAUUGGAGUCUCCCUCAGCAAGAAGCAGGCAGGGAGAGUCGAAAAAGGGUCUCCAAGCUGUGGUUCUUCCCCGGAAGUAAGAAUUGAAGGCUUUGCUUGUGGCAACUCAGAAUCCCACUGUGCUGUCCCUGCUCUUGCUUGACCUCUUCACAACUCAACCCGAUCUCGCCGUCUGUGAUAAUGUAUUGACCCUGCUUAAUCAUCAGUCUCUAGGAGAGUUUUGGUCCUGUACAUACCUGAGGUUUCUGUGUAUAUUUCCGACCUUAAAAGUAGUAUCUUGGAUGCUGGUGUCAGAUCCAAAGUUGUAAGUAAACCUUCUGAUAUUAUCCGAGUGUGAAUCUUACGAAGUCAACCGAUAA